AACAAAUCAAAACAAAUUGUGAAAUAUUUGUUGAGUUUUUUGUCAAUAAAAUUGAUUUAAUGUUAAGAAAUGUAUAGAAAGUGAGAAACAAUGGGUUUAUUGAAAAUAAUCACAAAAAUCAAACAAAAGGAGAAAGAAAUACGAGUUUUGGUUUUAGGUCUCGACAAUUCUGGCAAAACCACACUUUUGAAGCGUCUCAAUGGCGAAGACGUGCACACAAUAUCACCCACUCUUGGAUUCACUAUCUCUACGUUUGAACACAACAACCUAAAGCUGAACGUGUGGGACGUCGGCGGACAGAAGAGUUUGCGUGCCUUUUGGCGCAAUUACUUCGAGAGCACCGAUGGUCUCAUCUUUGUUGUCGACAGUUCCGACACGUUUCGCAUCAAUGACUCCAAACACGAACUCCAGAACCUCUUGAAAGAGGAGCGCCUUUUGGGCGCAACACUACUCGUGUUGGCCAACAAACAGGAUCUGUCCGGUGCUGUCAGUUGCGAGACAAUCAGGCAUUUGUUGCAAUUGGACUCAAUUACUACACAUCACUGGAUGAUAGUUGGCUGCAGUGCUUAUUCCGGACUCAAUCUCUUGUCUUCAAUCGAUUGGCUCUUAGAAGACGUCUCCUCAAGAAUUUUCAUCAAUGAUUGACUUAUUUU